GAAAAACAGCGGCAGCAGCAAGAGCAACAGCUACAGCGGCAUCUGACGCGACCACCUCCUCAAUAUCAGGAUCAACCGCAGAAUCCGUACCAGCAACAGGUUGGACAGUUCACAGGGUCAUCUUCAGCCAUGCCUGGGGUUAGUAAUUUAGGACAGUCCAGCUCCAGUAGUCCGCGGAUGUUUCCUCAGACCCAGAACAUGAUUCAGAUGGGACCUGGACACAGUUCUGUUCCUCCACUCCAGUCGGGCUCCAGUCAGCAGGAUCGGGGAGUGACUCAAUAUACCAAUAUGCAAAAUAUUCAGCGAGGGGGAUUAUACAACUUGGCGUCCGGUAUGACACAGAUGGUUCCCCAGCAUGCAACUCAAAGUGCCAAUGGACAGCCACCGAUGCAGAGACAAGGCACCUUGGGCCAGGGUGCUGCCGUUCCUGCUGCCUAUGGGCAGAAUACCUUAGCAAACUCAAGUAUUUCUCAGCAGCACAAUAAGGGUGCACUGAAUCCAACCUUAUCUAAGCCACAGAUGGCAAGAGUACCAGCUGCUAUGGGGGCUCAAAAUCCAUCUUGGCAACACCAAGGUAUCCCUAAUAUUAAUAACCAGACGCAAGCAAACAGUGGCUUAGGACCAUUUACUGCCAGCUCCUCUUUCCACAUGCAGCAAACUCAUCUAAAGAUGGCCAACCAACAGUUUGCCCAAGGAAUGCCUCAGGUAAGCCUAAGCACCAGCAGACCGAUGACCUCUAUGAACGCUGCCGUCUCUGGGCAGAUGUUGUCGUCAUCUUUAGGCGCACAGCAGCGGACAAACCCACCUACGCAACAGCAGGUAUCCUCACAGCAAGUCUUGCCUGGCAUGAACCAGACUGUUCCAGAUCUGAAUGCUUUCAACCAGAAUCCAAAUCAGCAAAUGCCCAACAGAGGUAAUCUGCACUGUAGUCAAGGGUACCCUGUGAGGACAACCAGUCAAGAGCUGCCUUUUGCCUACAGCAGCCAGUCGGGCAAUAAUGGACUUCAGAACUUAACUGGUGACACAGAUCUGAUAGACUCUUUGCUGAAAAACAGGACUUCAGAGGAGUGGAUGAAUGAUUUGGAUGAGUUGUUAGGAACUCAUUAA